AUGAAGGUCAGUGAAGGCCGGAAGCCGGUGUUCGGGGGAUGCUUCAACACCAUCGAUCCUCGCUACCUCGACAUGUUCGCUAGCGUCUCAGGCAACAGGGUUACAGUGUACAAGUGCGAGUCUGGCGGCGCAACCAUCGUCGUGCAACUAUUCCUUGAUGAAAAUAAGGAUGAGUCGUUUUACACAGUGGCAUGGAUGAGGGGGCAGCAGGGGCGGCCGCUGUUGGCAGCUAGUGGCAGCAGCGGGGUGAUUCGGAUCAUUGACUGCUGGCGAGAGACAGUUGUCCAUAGUUUCAUUGGGCACGGAGGCGCAGUGAACGAGGUGAGGGUGCAUCCGUCCCACCCCGCGCUGCUGCUCUCAGCCGGAAAGGACGAGUCGCUGCGGCUGUGGAACACGGACACGGGCGUAUGCGUGGCCAUCAUGGGCGGCACGGACGGGCACCGGAAUGAAGUGCUCAGCGCGGAUUUCCAUCCCGGUGACCAGGCAAUCAUCGCCAGCUGUGGCAUGGACAGCAGCAUCCGUGUGUGGAGCCUGCAAGAGUGCUGGCACGUGGUAGACCAGUCCAACACCUGGGCAGACGUCCCAUCCAAGUUCCCCACCAAAAUUCUACAGUACCCUCUGUAUGUGGUGUGUGACGUGCACACCAACUACAUUGACUGCCUGCGGUGGUAUGGCGACUUCGUGCUCUCUAAGAGUGUAGACAACGAGGUCAUCCUAUGGCGCUGGUGCCACAAGCCCGGAACUGAACCCGGCUCCGCCCACCCUGCUGAGGGAACCUUGGACAUUUUGCAGCGUUAUCCAGUGCCGGAUUGUGGGUUCUGGUUCAUUAAGUUCGAUCUUGACUACAUGGCCAAUAUUAUGGCCAUAGGCUUUCAAGAAAGGACUGUAAAACGCAAAUCAGACAAACAGCUGUGUCACACGACGGCAGGAUAA